AUGCUGUCCUCCGCCGUGCUCUUCGCCUCCUUCAUGGGCGCAACCAAUGCAGCCCUUCAGCGCGUCACAGACUUCGGCUCCAAUCCAACUGGCCUAACGAUGGAUAUAUCCGUACCACCGAACCUGUCCUCUUCGCCUGGCAUCGUUCUCGCACUCCACGGUUGCGGCGGCUCGGGCUCGGCCUACUCCCGUCAAGCCGAAUACAUCCCUCUGUCUGACUCAAAGGGAACUUUCGUCGUGAUCUACCCCUCCUCCACCAAAGACUUCAACUGCUGGGACGUUGCAUCGACCAAGAGCCUCACUCGCGAUGGCGGCGGCGACUCGAACGGCCUGGCCAACAUGAUCCGCUACACCAUCAGCAAGUACUCCGCCGACCCCACAAAGGUCUUCGUGACGGGAAGCUCGUCGGGCUGCAUGAUGACAAACGUCCUGUCGGCCACGUACCCGGAUCUCUUCGCCGCGGCGUCUUGCUACUCCGGUGUUGCGGCUGGGUGCCUUGCUGGUUCUCCUGGAUCAAGCCCCAUCAGCGCCGACCCGCGUUGCGCAAACGGGCAGAUCAUCAAGACGGGCGCGGAGUGGGCUGCUCAGGUACGCGCCAUGUAUCCCGGGUACAACGGUAGCUACCCGCGUAUGCAAACGUUCCACGGCACGGCUGAUACUCUGGUGACGUACCCCAAUCUGGCGGAGCAGCUGAAAGAGUGGUCUACAAUACACGGAGUGAGCUUUACCAAGAACAAUACGAACACACCUCUGAGCGGAUAUACGCAGAUUGUCUAUGGAGACGGGACCAAGCUUGUAGGAAUUUCUGCCCAGGGUGUUGGGCACACUGUACCUGUACAAGAAGAUCAGGAUCUAAAGUGGUUUGGCUUAUGA